AUGGAGUACAUCGAUAAGUCUGCUGAGGAGCUGGAUGAGGAGGUGGAGUACGACAUAGACGAGGAAGACUACAUCUGGCUGGACAUCAUGAAUGACAAGCGGCGCGCUGACGGGGUGGUGCCCAUCCCUCAGGAGGUCUUUGAGUACCUGAUGGAUCGCCUGGAGAAGGAGUCCUACUUUGAGAGUCACAACAAGGGUGACCCCAGCUCUCUGAUCGAUGAAGAUGCCGUGUGCUGCAUCUGUAACGACGGCGAGUGUCAGAACAGCAACGUCAUCCUGUUCUGUGACAUGUGUAACCUGGCAGUGCAUCAGGAGUGCUACGGUGUUCCCUACAUCCCCGAGGGCCAGUGGCUGUGCCGCCGCUGCCUGCAGUCGCCCUCCAGAGCCGUGGACUGCGCCCUGUGCCCUAACAAGGGCGGUGCGUUCAAGCAGACAGACGACGCACGCUGGGCUCAUGUGGUGUGUGCCCUCUGGAUUCCUGAGGUGUGUUUUGCUAAUACGGUCUUCCUGGAGCCCAUCGACAGCAUCGAGCACAUCCCUCCUGCCCGCUGGAAGCUGACCUGCUACAUCUGUAAACAGCGCGGCUCUGGUGCCUGCAUCCAGUGCCACAAAGCCAACUGCUACACCGCCUUCCACGUCACCUGCGCUCAGCAGGCCGGCCUCUACAUGAAGAUGGAGCCGGUGCGCGAGACCGGCGCUAACGGGACUUCAUUUAGCGUGCGCAAAACCGCCUACUGCGACAUCCACACGCCGCCAGGCUCCGCCCAACCGCUGGGGGGUGUGGGAGGGGCCAGCGCAGGCUCCUCCCACAGCGAGGGCGAGGCGGAGGAUGAGGAGGAUGUGGCGGGAGGCGAGGAAGACGGGAAGGGCUGGAGCUCAGAGCGCGCCAAGAGGGCCAAAGCAAAGUCACGGCUGAAGAUGAAGAGGGCCAGAAAGAUCCUGGCCGAGAGGAGAGCGGCCGCGCCGGUGGUGUCAGUGCCAUGUAUUCCACCACACAAGCUGAGUAAGAUCACCAGUAACCUGACGGUGCAGAGGAAGGGCCAGUUCAUGCAGAGACUGCACAGCUACUGGACGCUGAAGAGACAGAGCCGCAACGGCGUUCCUCUCCUGCGGCGUCUCCAGACGCACCUGCAGUCCCAGCGCAACGCUGAGCCGCUCCCCGCCACGAGAGACGGCCAGGAGAAGCACUCGGUGUUGAAGGAGCAGCUGAAAGCGUGGCAGAGACUCCGGCACGACCUGGAACGAGCCCGACUGCUGGUGGAGCUCAUCCGCAAGAGAGAGAAGCUCAAGAGGGAGACCAUCAAGAUGCAGGAGUUGGUGUUAGAGAUGCAGUUGACUCCGUUCCUGGUGUUGUUACGGAGCACUCUAGAACAACUGCAGGAGCGGGACACCAAUAACUUCUUCAUCGAGCCUGUACCUUUAAGUGAGGUCCCAGAUUACCUGGACCACAUCGAGCGCCCAAUGGAUUUCCAGACCAUGUGGAAGUGUUUAGAGUCGCAUCGCUAUCACAGCUUCGAAGCUUUCGAGGGCGACUUUCUGUUGAUCGUCAACAACUGUUUGAAGUACAACGCCAAAGACACGGUUUUCUACCGCGCCGCACUACGCUUGCGAGAAGCAGGUGCCACUGUUUUACGGCAAGCUCGCAGACAGGCAGAGAGAAUCGGAUUUGAUUACGAGACAGGCAUGCAUCUUCCUCGAGAGCCAAGCCCAGAUUCACCACACGAACGAGAGAGAGAGAGACGAGACAGAGACAGAGACCGAGACCGAGAGAGAUCAGCAUUACUCAUUGAUGACGAUUUCCUGGUGGAGAAUCGGCGGCGUUUGCCUGUAGAGGAGCAGUUGCAGAUCCUGCAGGCGUGCUACGAUGAGGCCAUGUCGGGGAAGCACAGCAUCGGUCAGUCGCGGCGAGCUAAAGCCCUGAAGAAAGAGAUGACGGUACUGAAGCGCAAGCUGGCGCACCAGCGCGAGGGCAUCUGUGGCAUGGGCAGCCGUGAGUCGGGCCUGUCUCUGGAGCGCGGCUCGGUCCUCGCGCAUCACGCCUCAGGGGGAAACCGGCACGGUGAGGGAGAGAGCAGCAGCCACGACAUCGGUGGGAAAGCUGUAUUCCUCUCUGUAGAUCUGAGCACAUCAUCUUCAGCUCUGGCCCCUGAGGUCGGCCGGCGUACCUCUGUCCUCUUCUCCAAGAAGAACCCUAAAGCGGCCGGGCCUCCCAAGCGCCCGGGUCGACCCCCUAAGAACCGAGAGGCGCUGCAUGGGCCUGGGGUGCUGAGGUCCAGUCCAAUUGGCCCUCCGCAGCUCCCCUUGCUCACCUCGUCCCGCAAGAGAGCCCACAGUCCCCAGUCCAGCUCCAGCUUUGAGACCGACAGCGAGCACGAUCACCUCAUCCUGGAUCUUCACAGUAAUGGUUUUGGUGGAAGCAGUCAGCCGAAGACCGAGAGUUUCCUGGUGUACAGGAACGAGCGUAGUCUGCCACGCUCCAGCUCCGAUUCAGAGUCCACCAGCAGCAGCAGCAGCAGCGCCGCGUCUGACAGGACCAGACAUGAGAGCCACAUCUUCUGUGAUGUACCAGAACAGGUAUACGUUUCAAUGGCCUACCUGCUGACAGAGAACAAAGAAGGUCCAGUGGAAGUUGCGUCUCUCCAAGAGGGAAACUGUUAUGAGUUGCUGUGUGACCAGGGCACUAACUUCAAAGUACUACAAAGUCACCUCACCAGCCAGCAGAUCAAGUUUGUCUACAACCCACCUCACUUCGGUAGUUAUUGGGAGAGGGAGAUCCACUCGAUCAAAGCCCAGACUGUCACAGAGGAGGUACUGAGGUACUGUCUUGAUUGA